AUGUCGGGCGAGACCUUCGGGGUGAUCCCGCAGGAUGCUGAGUACCUGGCACCAUGGCAGUGGGACCUGAUACUGUCUGCCGACAUAUCGCCGCUCUCUGACAGUCCAGCAUACCCCACAAAUCUACAAAACGCACCUGCGACGCAGGGUGCCUGGCCCCUCGAUAUCCCCCCUCUGAAAGCAGCCCUGACAGGCUCACCCCCGGUCGCAACUGUCUCCGUCCCGGAACUUACGUUGUCACCCUCUCUUCUUAGCACCGAAAACCAGAGUGUCGCGCCAGCAUGGCAGACACCAUCCUGCCCAGCAAAGGUCGACACUCUCGUACCGCCGCGUCACAGGACACGCGAGCGCCGUGCCUUCACUGAGGCUGAGGACCAAGCCCUAAAACGUGGCUAUGAGAAACAUGGCUCCCAAUGGUGUCUGAUUGCGAAGGAUCCCGCCUUUAAGAACCAGCGCAGCUCGACGGACGUACGUGAUCGAUUCCGCAAUGCGUUCCCGGACGAGUAUGCUCGCGCCGGCUACAAGCCCCGCAUCAAGGGAAUAAGGCGCGCUUCGGACAAGCAAAAAGAUUCCUUUUCCACACAUCACACGCGCCCGACUCGUUCUGAGUCGUUGGCGCGGCGCCACAAGACCCGCAGUGUCGAACAUAAGCUCACGCCCCUGGCGUCGUCAGGGCCAUUGGUCGACGUGGCAAAGCCUUGUAUUGCAAGCGUGAUGCAAAUGGCGCCCACCAGCUUGAAAGGUUUGAUGGGGGCGUCCAGCGACAUGCCGGCGUUGCCAUCCGAUGAGCCCUCUCAAAGUGUUUCUCAAAUCGUCGGACCCUUGGCGGUGGAUCCGACAUCGCCGACUGAGUCUCCACCAGCAUUGACCAUAUCGCCCUUGUCACCACCGAAGCAAAAUACCAAUGGGGCUAUGUCAUGGCCCGUGCCCACCAGCGUUAUAUCGUCGCCGUAUGGUAUCGCUCCGCAUGCAGCCUCGUGUGCAUGGACCACACCCGAGGCGUCCAAGCCUUCUCCUUUUCUGAAUCGUGCGCAAACGGUGCCACUUAGCACACCGAUGUCCGAGCCACGAACCCCUCUCGAACUGCCAUUCAGCAGGUCGACAGCGGAUUUCUUCUUAUACCCCAACGGCGGUCUUGACCAGGUCCUGUCUGCCUCACCUUCUUCAAUGGAGGACUCAAUGUCAAGCCACGAAUGA